GGCGCAAGAGACUGAGCCGAGUUGUUUGAGCAUUUUGAAACUUUUAAAUGUUUGCGUUCAUUUUUUGUCAAAAACCUUAAGAAAAUAGCCGACUACAGCAGUAAGAACCACAAGUAAUAACCAUACAGCUAUGUUAGUAAACCAGAGACGGGUGUUAUUGUAACGGAGAGGACGCUACGGAAGUCUAUCGUGGUAAUCGGUAUAACGACAAGUUGUUUUGACAAUUCGUGCUCAUCUUUUUCUACAACAAAGCUUGUUUUAAACACGAUACUGGAACAUCGCAUAACCGAUCUUCAAUGGCGUUUUAUGGCUAUUGGAAAUACUUGCAAAGGAAGUUAAACGCCAAAGAUUAAACUGCUUGUUGAAAAUUUGUUUUGCUGUCAAGUGUUAGUAAAACAAAAUGGCGCCUACCGUACCACCCACCCCAAAUGCUAUAUCAGUGUCUGAGCCAGUUCUAUCGACAGCAGCCAUUGUGAUGAUAGCCGUUGGAGGCUACGUUGUACUUGUUGUUAUAGUUCUACUUAUAAGGCUGUGUUUAAAGAACCAGGGAGUGAGCCUGUGUCCUGCCUGGGUCUCUGAGACAUGCUGUAGUUGUUGUAACAAAAAUGAGGAUGAGAGCAGCUGCUGUGGUGCAUGUUUGGUGUCAUUUGCCGAGGCUUGUGACUGCACCACACCCAGUAAGAAGUCAUGUAUGGACGCAGUUUGUCCAAGUAAACAGUGGUGCAACGAGAAUGUCUGCUGCUGUCUGUAUGCUGGGCCGGAUGGGCAGUGUUGUCAGGAUUGUCAAGGACCCGAGUGUGGGUGUGGGGACUGCAACUGUGCUUGCAAUUGUAACCUUCCAGACUGCAGCACCAUUAACUGUAUCUGCUUUGAGAUCAAGCUCAACUAAAGAGACGCAACACUAAACAUACAGUAGACCAUUUUGCAGUGUAGAGAACCAAAACAAAAUUUUAUUUGAAUAUUAUUCAUGGCUAUGUCUCUUGUACAUAUGUAUUUUUGUAAAUACAUUUUGAAGAAGUAUAAAUAAUUUAAAAUAUAUUUUAAUACCUGCCA